CGAUAAAACCCCCGCUCUUACUCUUCCUUUCUUUCCCUCAAUACUAAUUUUCUUAUCCCAAGCAGAGAAAAAUGGCUUCAAUGUCAUCUCUAAUAUUACCCCCAUAUCUCACUAAACUCUCCUUCAAAACCCAAUCAAACCAACACUUGCUCCAGUUCCUCCAACCCAGUUUGCCUAAAAAUCUCACCUUGAGUUCACGUCCCAGAAAAUUAAGGUUGUUUGUCGCGGCAGAAGAGCAAACCGCAACGGUGGCCUCCCCUUCUUCCGAGGCCGCCAGGAGGCUUUACGUUGGCAACAUACCCAGAAAUUUGAAAAAUGACGAGCUGACAAAGAUUGUCGAGGAACAUGGCGCUGUUGAAAAAGCAGAGGUGAUGUAUGAUAAGUACUCCGGAAGGAGCCGCCGAUUUGCUUUUGUUACCAUGAAAACCUUGGAGGAUGCUAAUGCGGCAAUCGAGAAACUAAAUGGCACUCAAAUUGGAGGGCGGGAGAUCAAGGUAAACAUCACCGAAAAGCCUCUGGCACAAGUGGAUUUGUCUCUCCUUCAGGCGGAGGAUUCCCAGUUCGUUGAUAGCCCGCAUAAAGUUUAUGUGGGAAACCUUGCGAAGACAGUAACUUCAGAGACACUAAAGAAGUUUUUUUCUGAGAAAGGGAAGGUAAUGAGCGCCAAGGUUUCACGGGUCCCGGGGUCCUCCAAAUCAGGGGGAUUUGGGUUUGUAUCAUUCUCUUCAGAUGAGGAAGUUGAAGCUGCCAUCAAUUCUUUUAACAAUGCUAUGUUGGAGGGGCAAGAAAUUCGUGUAAACAAGGCAUAAAAUGCGGUGCUCCAUCUCAUCCUGUAUCCAUUUCACAUUCAUUGCAAAGUAGGGUAGUUGUUUUGUUUCUGUUGAAUGGACAAUCACUCAACUUAUGAGGUUGUUGUAAUUAUAGGAGGCUGAAGCUUAAUUUGUUGAACUGGAAAAGGAGAAAGAGGAUAAACACUUUUUCAUUUGGGAAGCUGAAUCUGAUGCAUAUUAUACCA